GAUGAUGCCAGCCGAGCAGAAACCCGAUGGAGAGAGGAGGGGGGAGGGAAAGAGGAGGGGAGGAAGAGACACAACUGCAUCGAGAUCCUCGACUGAGUCCCAACCGUGAGGGACCGACUCCUGCAUGCGACAGUGCCAGGUGACCAAACCUCCUCAAGCCUUGGGAUGCCAUGCCUUGUGCCAGCUCUGUUCUCCGGGCGGGCGGUGGCGGGAAGACACCUCUCCCCUCUCCUCUGCAGGGGAACUCCGGACAACUCCGAGAGAGAACGGGGCCAUCCGGCCGGGGGAACGGGAGUCCCAGGUGCCCCUGGAAAAAUGGAAAAAUCGUCCCUGCCAUCCAGAAGGAUGAAGUUCCUUUAGUGCCGGUAGAGAGUGGCCGCCUCCUCCCGGGGCCUCUGCGGGGGUUACCGCCAACAGGAGCCGCAGGCCCGGGAGAGAAAAGGUUAACGUGCAUCUGCCUCUGAAUGUGAAUUUGUGUGGGUGAUGUCAGAGAGAGGCAGUGGAGAAGCAGGGCGAGCGAGGGAGCAGUUGGGAAGCGGUGCCCGCCGGGCUGGGAAAGCCGGCUCGCCCCCCAACCCAACGGCCGCUCUCCUCCUCCCUUGGACCGAUCCGGCCGCAGCCCGCGUGGGAGGACGGCCAAGACCGGAGGGAAGCGGGGAGAGCGGGACGACGGGGUCCCGAUGGAGUUGGAAGGAGCCCUCCCUCUCUCCGGUUCCAAUGUCAGCAACGCUUCCGACCCCUCGGUCAACCUCACCCUGGGCCUGCCACCGCUGCGCCCGCGGAGGGUCUCUUACGUGACCAUCAUCAUGCCCUCGGUGUUUGGCAUCAUCUGCCUGCUGGGCAUCGUCGGCAACUCCAUGGUCAUCUUCACCGUGGUGAAGAAGUCCAAAUUUCACCGGUGUAGCAACGUGCCCGACAUCUUCAUCGUCAACCUGUCGGUGGUGGACCUGCUGUUCCUGCUGGGGAUGCCCUUCCUGAUCCACCAGCUCAUGGGCAACGGCGUCUGGCACUUUGGCGAGACCAUGUGCACCCUCAUCACCGCCAUGGAUGCCAACAGCCAGUUCACCAGCACCUACAUCCUCACCGCGAUGGCCAUCGACCGCUACCUGGCCACCGUCCACCCCAUCUCCUCCACCAGGUUCAGGAAGCCGUCGGUGGCCACCUGGGUGAUCUGCCUCCUGUGGGCGCUCUCCUUCAUCAGCAUCACCCCCGUGUGGCUCUACGCCAGGCUCAUCCCCUUCCCCGGCGGCACCGUGGGCUGCGGCAUGAGCCUGCCCAACCCGGAGACCGACCUGUACUGGUUCACCCUCUACCAGUUCUUCCUGGCCUUCGCCCUGCCCUUCACGGUCAUCACGGCCGCCUACGCCCGCAUCCUCCAGCGGAUGACCUCGACGGUGGCCCCCGCCUCCCAGCGCAGCGUCCGGCUGCGGGCCAAGAGGGUGACCCGCACGGCCAUCGCCAUCUGCCUGGUCUUCUUCGUCUGCUGGGCCCCGUACUACGUGCUGCAGCUGACCCAGCUCUCCAACAACCGGCCCACCCUCACCUUCUACUACCUGUACAACGCCGCCAUCAGCCUGGGCUAUGCCAACAGCUGCCUCAACCCCUUCGUCUACAUCGUGCUCUGCGAGACCUUCCGCAAACGUCUGGUCCUCUCGGUCAAGCCGGCCGCCCCCGGGCAGCUCAGGCCGGUGAGCGCCACCCACACGGCGGACGAGAGGACAGAGAGCAAAGGUUCCUGACCUCGGGCGGGGCCCGGGGGAGGGCUCCGGGGACCACCCACCUUGGAGAAGCCACAACACACUGAGAAGGGUUCGGAGGGCAGCCUUAGCGAGACUGAGAGCCUGCGGGAGGGAAUUGAAAGAGGAGGAGGAGGAGGAGGAAGGUGAGGGAUUUUAUUGCCUACACUGGGUUUCAGGGACCUGGCUCCAUCCAGAUCCCAGGAUUGGGGGUUUGGGCAUUAUAAGUAAACUGCACCUGGGGAAGAGAAGCCACUCAAAAGGGAAGUUUGAGGGCUGGGUGGGCAGUGGGGAGGGUUGGGGAAAGGCUAAUGAAGAACACUGGAAAGAAAUUGAACAACUAAAGCCUAGUCUGAGGCCUAAAUGCCCCAAAUCGUUUGAUGGUUGGACAGAAUUUUCCCCACAGUAAGGGGUGGGAGGUCCACGUCUAGAGGAGAUUGAAAUCCAGAUGCGGCCAAAGCCCAAUUCCAACAAGGUCGGGCUCCACCGGGCACAGCCUGGGGCUCCAGGCCCGGGGGAGGUUGGGGGAGGGGUCUUUCCGGGUCUUUUCCCUCUGCCAGGAUCCCCUGGGUAGCCUUUGUCCUAAACCACGAGGAAUAAGCAGGAAAGCAUGAAGCAUGCCGGCUCCCUGCAUUCUGCAUGCCGCUUCCGUCUGCUCCCCUCUCCCGGGAGAUCAGGCUUUGGGUUUUGUUUUUUUUCCCAUGACGGAGACAUUGAAUCCCCACAUCCCACCUUCCCGCGCCCCUGCAGAGAAGGACAAAGCCACUCAAAGGCUGUGGUCAAGGAGGAGACCCAAGCUGGGGUCUGGGCUUCAGUAUGGAUGCCCAGACCUGAGAAAACAGGGCCCUGAGCUUUUGGCCAUUCCCUCGGGGAGGCCGGUUGCCCGUGAGGGAUUGGACCCUAGGGCUGCCGUUCAAGGUGGGGGUGACGGGAAACGCGAGGCCCCUCUGCGGCCCUGAGAGGGAUGAGCUGGACCACGUUUGACGCCGGGCUUGCGUCAAGACGAAUCCCGAUCUGCCCGGCGGCUGUUUCCCAGCUCCCCGUCGGCUUCCCGGCCCCCUUCCCCGCCAGGUGUUGGGGUGAGGCUUUCUGACCCCGUGGGAGGAGUCGGGGGAUGGGGAGGGCUUGCUUCGGGGGCCCCUGGGGCUGGAUCGAGUUAGACUCUGGGAGGCGGGAACGGGCCUUUCCGGGAGUGCCGCCCACGAGGGUCAGGAGGAUGAGUGGGGGGGGAGAGAGGGGAGCCGCUCGAAGGA